GAUAUGAAGGCGUGUGAUAAUUUUGUCGUUUUUAUAUUUGCCUCGUGUAUAUCAGCAUACAGUGCGACAGUUAGCGAAAAACUACCGGAUAUGAUAGGUAUAACCAAAGAGGAACUGAGGCCGAUAUUCAUAUCAGCAGGGCUAAAAGAUACCAUCGCUAUAUCAGCACCGGUUACUUACAAUACAAACACAUUAUACUACUUAAGCAAUCCGAAAGGCGAUAGUAUUAAACUGGACAUAAACACGAGUCACUUUACGACCGAUUAUUACAAAGAAACCUCACGAGUUAAUUACGAAAAUCAUUACAAUAAUGGAGCGAUAAAAACUAUUGUAUCUACCACAAAACCAUAUAAUUUUUAUCAAGCAAAUCUUUCACCAAACAUUGAUAACAAACAUAGUGAUUUUACGAUCGGCCCUCUGACAGAAAAUGAUCACGGAAACUGGGUGUUGAGUGCCUACAUUAAAGGAAACGGUGGAGUUUUGCGUGAAUUAUUUCAAGUCAUAACGAUUGAAAUAGUUGAAUCAAUACCAACGCACGCUGAGAAAGCCAAACUGAUUCCUGGCCAAACGUUCGAACCACGCUUCCUAUACCCAAUACAUGAUCUACGAAGCUGUGAAAUCAUUGCACCGCGGACAACUUUCGACAGGUUCUACGAUAGGGACCGACUGCAUUUGGAUUCCUGCGGAUUUCGGAUACCCAAUGUGACGAAAUUAGACGAAGGCCCUUGGAAUAUUAUAGGCGUCGGAAAAAUUGUGUACAAGGGAAAUAUUUACUUAGAAAUAGACGACGAAAAUUUAUGA